CGGGGCUGGAGCCGGGCGUGGAGCGGGGCAUGGAGCGGGGCAUGGAGCGGGCGGCGGAGGCAGCGCUGGCCGCGGAGCUCACCAAGUCCCCGCGGCCACUGAUGAAGAAGCAGGCGGUGAAGCGGCACCACCACAAGCACAACCUCAAGCACCGCUACGAGUUCCUGGAGACGCUGGGGAAGGGAACCUACGGGAAGGUGAAGAAAGCCCGGGAGCGCUCCGGCAAGCUGGUGGCUAUCAAGUCAAUCCGGAAAGACAAAAUCAAGGAUGAGCAGGACCUUGUCCAUAUCCGGAGAGAGAUUGAGAUCAUGUCCUCCCUCAACCACCCCCACAUCAUCGCUGUCCAUGAAGUGUUUGAGAACAGCAGCAAGAUCGUCAUCGUGAUGGAGUACGCCAGCAAGGGUGACCUCUACGACUACAUCAGCGAGCGGCAGCGGCUCACGGAGCAGGAAGCGCGCCACUUCUUCCGCCAGGUCGUGUCAGCUGUCUACUACUGCCACAAGAACGGGAUUGUCCACAGGGACCUGAAGCUGGAGAACAUCCUUCUCGAUGCCAACGGGAACAUCAAGAUUGCAGACUUUGGCCUGUCCAAUGUUUACCAGCAGGACAAGCUCCUGCAGACGUACUGCGGCAGCCCCCUCUAUGCAUCCCCUGAGAUCAUCAACGGGAGGCCAUACAAGGGCCCGGAGGUGGAUAGCUGGUCCCUGGGUGUUCUCCUCUACAUCCUGGUCCAUGGCACGAUGCCAUUUGAUGGCCAUGACUACAAGACUCUGGUCAAGCAGAUCACGAGCGGGGACUACCGGGAGCCCACCAAGCUGUCAGAUGCCUGCGGGCUGAUCCGCUGGAUGCUGAUGGUGAACCCGGAACGCCGUGCCACCAUCGAGGACAUCGCCACGCACUGGUGGGUGAAUUGGGGCUACAAAGUGCCCACUGGGGAGCAAGAGCUGCUGCGGGAGAGCGAUUCCCCCCUGGCCACGGUGGCAGAAUGGCUCCGCCGCUCCUCACGGCCCCUCCUGGAGAACAGCUCCAAGGUGCGAUGCUUCCUGAAGCAGCACAUGCCAGGCACGGCCCUGGAGCGGCAGCGCUCCCUCAAGAAGUCCAAGAAGGAGAAUGAUGUCUCCCACGCGCUGCAGGAGGUGGCCCUGGCCCCGGAGAACCCCUCCAAGUCCAUCCUCAAGCGGCCCAAGGGCAUCCUGAAGAAGAGAAACUCCUGUGAGCAGAAGGUGCCCGGCCCCGGCCCCCCGACAGCAGCACCCAUGGGAGAGGCGAGGUGUGAGGAUGGCGAGGUGGCUGCUGCGGGUCUCACCCGCAUCCUGUCCUCUGGAAUGCUGCCAGGCAGCACGGCCACCGGAGCAGCGCCUGCAGCCAUGCCCAAGAAGGGAAUACUGAAAAAGCCCAUGACGAGGGAGUCGGGGUAUUACUCGUCCCUGGAGUGCUGUGAGUCCGGGGAUGUCCUGGAUGCAGCCAGCUUGGACCUCGAUGGCAGCGUGUUUGCCGACACCCCCUCCCCGGAGGAGGGCCCCCAGGGUCUCCCUGCCCGCAGGAAAGGCAUCCUCAAGCACAACAGCAGGUUCUCCUCUGGCAGCACCGAGGCAGAGGGUCCCCCCGGGCAGGGCUUUGGGGGGUUCGGUGAGGUGCCCCUGCCCCAGGCGCCCCGCGCCCGCCCGUCCAGCGCUGUCAGUGAGGACAGCAUCCUCUCCACUGAGUCCUUCGACCAGCUGGACCUGCCCACCCGCAUCCCCCCCGGCGGCAGGGGCAUGCGGGGCUGCGUCUCUGCCGACAGCCUGCUCCGCCUGGAGGAGGAGGAGGAGGUGGAGGAAGGGCGCAGGCUGCGCCGCUGGACUGUCACCCACUGCCGGAGCCCCCUGGCAGAGAGCAGCGUGUCCCUGGCGGGAUGUGACAGUGUCACUGAGCUCCACCGGCGGGCCCUGGCCAUCGGCAUGAAGUUGAGCUGAGGGCACGUCCCACCGUGGUGCUGUGUGUGCCCUGGGGCUGCUGAGCCAUGUCCCACCUAUUCACCUUGCAGCCUUGAGCCCCCCGGGGCUGGGGGGCAGUGGAGGCGGGAUGCCCCAGGGCCAGGACAUGAAAUGGACCGAAGCCCCAAGUGAUCCCCCUUGGAGGACAUGUGGGUUCUGGAGGCUCCUUGCUCCAUCCUCGCAAACAGGCUCAUCUCAUGGUGGGGAGGGUGAAACCAAGGGGCUGGGGGGGGGUAUUUUUGUCUUUGCACUGUAUUUUGGCUGAACAAGGUAACGAUGGGGCAGGUGAUAUACCUCAAACAAGCUGGACAUGUAGCAGGGUACUGGUGAGGGCUGGAAGCUGCUGCCAGGGCGCUGGGCUCUUGGGAUGUGCUGGCAAUGGGUCCAAACCGCCCAGACCCUGGCUCUUCCCUCUCCUGCACUGAGAAACGCAACUGGAUCUGGCCAAAACCUCAGUCUGAGAACACACUCUGAUGCCAACGUGGGGGUUUGGGGGGUGUUUUGUUGCUUUUUAAUGGUGAAAGGAGGAAAACAAAAGUGCCUUUAGUGAGGCACCACUUUAUUUAUUGCCUUUGUCCAACUUGGUGCAGAACUGCAGCAGCACGGGAUGUGUGUGGCUCCAUCACAGCCUCCCGCAUGUUCUCUAUGGAGGGGUGGCGGUGUCUGUGCUGUUGUCUCAUGUGCCACAGGUCGAAGCUCCGUUGCACUAUUGCCACGUGUUCACUGGCCCUUUUCCUUCUGCAGGGGUUGUGGUUUUCCCUCCUUCCUACAAAGUGGUCUUGAGAAAAACCAUUAAAUUAAAAGCAAAUGGUGGAUCUGA